CUACAACCACCACUUCCAAUGCAUCUUGCAAAGCCAAUAUCUCAAAAUGUUUUAUUUUACUAUGGUCAAUGGACUCGAUCCAUUGAAUCUCUCGUUUUAGGAAAAUUUGAGUAUAAACGUUGGCAGGGAAUUUGGGUGCCUGGGCCAUCAAUAAAUAAUACACAUCUUGUGUUUGGAGUGAAGAUUGAAAUGCGAGAUGAGUUGAGAAUCAACAUAUCACUUGAGGACUAUUAUAUGAAGGUCAAAGAAUGGGAAGACAGAUAUCAUCAAUUCACUUGGUUGAUUCAUCAACCUAAUGUCGUUUACGACAGUGCAAGGAAUGUGGUGAAUGCAUCUAAGGAAACUUGGGAUACAAUUGCUACAGUACGCCCGGAAAUGUGUGUGUAUAUGGAAGAGGGCGAGUUCAACUCCGCUAGACUAACUUUACUUUUUGAAGAAAUCAUCAAAAAUGAAGAAAGUGCACAACGCUUUAAUAUCCCAACCAAUUCUGGAGCAAGUUAUUUUAGUGAAGUCGUUGACCAGCCAAAUGCUACCGGCGUUAAUGGUUCGCCACAAAGUUUCUCUAGUUGGUCAAGGGAGAUAUAA